AUGCGCCCGUUUCAUCACCAAAGCUUAGCUCUUCUCGUCCUCUCUCCAAUAUCCACAGUUCUGUCGCUUGGAUCAAGAUGCGAGACGGGAAUCAUAGCACGGGAGACAUGGUCGGAUAUGAAUAUCGACUCUUAUUUAUCUAAUGGAACAAUUUGGAGGAAUUUGACACUUGCGGGAUAUGCAAAAACUGUCGGAGCCAACAACUUUCGAUGUGGGAUUGGCCAACAAUGUUUGGUUGGUCAAGUUUGCAGUCCUGUGGAAUCACCAGCUUGGCAUGUGCUGUAUGCGAUACAGGAAUUUAAUCUGAGGAUGAACCUCUUAUACAAAGUCUCAGCGUUUGCGAUCGACAUAGUCAAAGAAACCACAUCGGCAAUCAUUAGUGACCUGACGAAACCCGACACGACCCCCAGAGCAGUGAUGGCUGCUGCCGCAUUCAUUGGACUCUUUGCUUCCCUGACCGGACUAUCUUCUUUGUUGAUUGCCGCAAUAUCUGUUGAAAUAAUAGAGGUUCAACUCUUAUCAACACUCAAUCUGGUUUUGGCAGGCGCCGUGGUUGUUCUACCAGACGUGGCACCGGCGGUCUCUACACGUCCAGAGCGGAAGGAAUUUGUCUCUGUGGGUAUCCUUAACCUGGCCGCUAUUGGGCAUCAUAUCUCCAAGUGGGGGUUGGAAUAUCAUCAACAUCUCGAUACAUGGAUCAAUAACGUUUUAAAUGCUCCGAUGAGUUCACCUGGAGGACUGAUUGAUAUAAUCAAGGGUGGGACAUUCUUCAUGGACAAACAACCAACAUCUGUCCAGCAAAUCCUCGAUGGUUAUCGCGAUGUUCUUGAAGCUCGUGUUGUUGUGGCUGUACUCCGAGCAAAGAAUGCCUUCAUCACUCGGGGAAAUGACUUGUGCACAGGUAAAGGUCCCAAUGGCGCCGAUGUGGGGAGUAGCCGCUUAUCAUGGUGCGAUAAAUCAGGAGUAAUGAUGAGAAUAGUGCUUGCUCAUGGUGACAAGGUCGAAAAAGAUAUAUAUGCCGGCGAAAUAAUUGCAGCCAAAUACGGACUUUCAACUGAACUUAUCACUUCUUCAUCCUGGGCCUGUCAGCAGAAGUAUGGGAUUGGUUAUGAUCCAUACAAAAACAAGCCUCUUCCAAAUGACAUCCAUGCUGAAUGUGUGAUAAACUUACCUGUAUGUGAUUGCACUCGGACAGACAUUCAAAAGGCCCGUCAAGAUCAUGGUCGGACCAGCGCUCUGCCACCAGUUUGGCCUUCCUUGACGCCACUUGGUCACCGCUGCUUCACUGGAUUUCCUUAUACCAGGGGCAAGGUAGAUGUUUCAUCACCAUUUGAAGUGUUAUCGUUUCCACCUUACAUUGUUUUCCUCAUCAUCUGUCGGCCGCGCGCCGGAGUCAAAGUACAGCUACACGGCUUGGCCCCUUUGACUUAUCCAGGACGACACAUGAGGGUUGAAUCAUGA